AUGAUCAUCAUCAAGCCAGAUUGGGUAUCCCACGCAGAUCGUACUCAGGAUGCCAAAAACAAGAAGCCAUGCAUUUAUUCUAUCGAUGUACAUCCGGAUGGGGAGAGAUUGGCCACAGGAAGUUUAGAUGGUACUGUAAAAAUUUGGAAUACAAAGCCAAUUUUCAAUGAGGAUGCUCAAAAGGAUCCCAACUGUCACAAGUUGCUUUGUACAAUGACGAUGCAUAAUGGUGCUGUAUUGUGUGUACGUUGGUCAAAUGAAGGCGGUCGCUAUCUAGCAUCCAGUUCUGAUAAUGACAAUGUCAUUAUUAUUUGGGAGCGUGAUAGAAAUGCAACGACGGGUUCUGUAUUUGGUAGCAGCGAUGUCAACCAUGAGGCAUGGCGACCUGUCAAAUACUUGCGAGGACAUGAUUCGGAUGUACAGGAUUUAGCUUGGUCAGCGGAUAACAAAUACUUGGCAUCGUGUGGUGUGGAUGGAUUUGUGAUUGUAUGGAGUGGCACAACAUUUGAACAAAUCACCAAGAUUGAUCAACACAGCGAUUUUGUCAAAGGUGUCACAUGGGAUCCCGCAGGCAAAUUUCUUGCAUCUCAGUCUGACGAUAAGAUGGUCAAAGUAUUUCGAACUUCAGACUGGGGAUUAGAGACAGAUCUCAUCAGUCCAUUCAUCAAUGCACCCGGCACUACAUUAUUCAGACGAUUGAGUUGGUCACCAGACGGAGCAAACAUAGCAGCAGCCAACGCUGUCAAUGGGAUUCAGUGUAUUGCAGCUAUUAUCAACCGAGAUGAUUGGAAUGCAGAUGUAUCACUUGUUGGACACCAGUUGCCUAUAGAAGUAACAGCAUACAACCCCAAGAUGUUUUACGUCAAACGAGAUGAGACAUCCGACAAGGCAUUAGCCACUAUUUGUGCCUUGGGAAGUCAGGACAGAAGCAUCUCGAUUUGGGUCACUCAGUUCAAUCGCCCCGUAUGCGUAGCAGCUGAUAUCUUUGACAACAAUGUAUACGAUCUCGCUUGGUCACCGGAUGGAAAGAGCUUGUUUGCUUGUUCACAAGACGGUACAGUGGCCUGUUUAUUGCUGGACACAGAGCUGAGCGAUGUAGCACCGGAUGAUGUGAUUUACAAGGAACUGACAAAGUAUGGGUACGGUCGGAAAAACACACAAUUACCAGAGACGCCAUCUCAGCUGGAACUGGAGGAGGAUUAUGCCAUCGUGUCAAAAGCAUCUACAUCGAAACGACUGGCUGAAUUGAUGACAGGAAAUACCAGCAUAGAGACAUCGUCAUCACCUACAUUAAAGCACGCUGUUGUGGAUGUGACAAUGAUGGAAGCAGAACCUCAGGCACCCACCACUACUACUACCACCACCAGCACCACCACCACCACCACAAACAAAAUCACAUCUUCAUCCAAUGCUCCUACUUUGAAAGCAACUGAUCAAAAAAUAACCAUCCUCAAGAACGGCAAGAAGCGCAUCCAGCCCAUGAUGUUGAGCAGUGGUUCUUCCUCCUCAUUGACUUCCUCGACAUCCACCUCCUCAGCAACAGGUACAGCGCCAUCUCACACUGCCAGCAGCACCAACCACCAUGCUACUGCCACCAUGGCAUCCAGGCCCACCCAUCUACAACUCACAGCAUACGAUGAUCCCGUCAUACCCACAUCAGGCAUAGCAACUACAGCCAUCGGGAACAAGCGUAAAAAAGAGGAUGCAAACGAAGACCAAGUAGAAGGAGGCAAUAAAUCAGCAAGAACCAGGCCAGAAUGGCUUGAUUCAGCCGUUGUACCUCCCGUGGUUCAAAAGAGUCAAGUGAAAAUGGGUGUUCCCAAAGUAAAGUCCAUCUUGUCAGCGAAACUCAACGCCAAUGAUCCAACCGUCGUGGUUGAAUGCCACAAUGCACCCAGUUUACAAGACCCUUCUGUGCAUGUACGCACCAAGAUUAUCGCCAACAAACAAGGCGUGGUUUUGUGGAAAGACUACCUGCCCAGUGCCGCCACAUUGAUGACUGGAAAUCACCUGUAUACCGUCAUCGCCUGUGAGGAUGGUUCGCUUGUGAUGUAUUCAGCUACUGGGAGACGCUUAUUACCACCCAUCAUCCUAGAGAGCACAGCCGUGGUAUUGCAAUGUUCAGCGCAAUGGCUCAUUUGUUUAACCGCAACGGGAUUGGCUUAUACAUGGGAUGUGGUCAACAUGAAGAGCAUGUUGGACGGCAUCUCGAUUGCACCUAUUUUACAAGUCGCCAAAUUGACAGAAGGGAGCACGCAUAAAGCACCUCGCAUCAAGGAUGUACGCAUUCAAAAGAACGGCAUUCCUAUACUGAUCACGAGUUUGCAGCAAGCGUUUGUGUAUCAUUUGGAUAUGAAGGUGUGGGUGAGAAUCAGCGAUGCUUGGUACAUCUUAUCUGAAUUCUGGGGAUCCGGUUUGCAACCCAACAUGAGCAGUGCUGAAAAUCCGCUGGGUUGGCUGUCUUCGCGCAUGACAUUGCAUGGCAAUGGUGUGGAUCCAACUACCAAACUGAUCUUGGAUAUGGCGAAUACAGAUGAGAGCACUACAGCGGUGAUUACCAUCAGUCAUAUUGAGACCCAGUUAGCAGUAGCAGCCUUGUUGGACUCGCCAAACGAAUAUUCAGACUGGAUGAUGUAUUAUGCCAGAAAGUUAUCAGAAGAAAAUGCUCAGGAUAAAGUGCAGGAGCUGUGUAGAUGGUUGAUGGGACCUCCAUUUGCGACCUCGGAAUUUGCUCAAUGGGAACCUACGAUCAUGGGUACAUUAACAAAAAAUGACAUUUUAAAGCAGAUACUUCCUGUACUAGCUCAAAACCGACAAUUGCAACGUAUCGUCACUGAAAUCAAAUCCUACAUCUAA